CCCUGAACGGACUCAGAAGCCCGCUCUGGCCCUGCCGCCUGCGCCUCCUCUCGUGCGUGGUAUUCCUGACCCAGCGCCGCUGUCAUGAAGAUCGCAGUGAUCGGACAGAGCCUGUUCGGCCAGGAAGUAUACUCUCACCUGAGGGAGGAGGGUCAUGAGGUCGUGGGCGUGUUCACUGUGCCAGACAAGGACGGAAAGGCGGACCCCCUGGGCCUGAAGGCGGAGAAGGAUGGAGUGCCCGUGUUCAAGUUCCCCCGCUGGCGGGCCAAGGGCCAGGUUCUGCCCGAUGUGGUGGCGAAGUACCAAGCUCUGGGUGCCGAGCUCAACGUCCUGCCCUUCUGUAGCCAGUUCAUCCCCAUGGAGAUCAUUGGGGCUCCCCGCCACGGCUCCAUCAUCUACCACCCGAGUCUGCUCCCCCGGCACCGAGGGGCCUCGGCCAUCCACUGGACCCUCAUUCAUGGAGACAAGAAAGGGGGGUUUACCAUCUUCUGGGCGGACGAUGGUCUGGACACUGGGGACCUUUUGCUCCAGAAGGAGUGUGAGAUCCUCCCGGACGACACCGUGACUACCCUGUACAACCGCUUCCUCUUCCCCGAAGGCGUCAAGGGGAUGGUUCAGGCCGUGAGGCUCAUUGCUGAGGGCAAAGCCCCCAGACUCCCUCAGCCUGAGGACGGAGCCACCUAUGAGGGGAUUCAGAAGAAGGAGACAGCCAGGAUCAACUGGGACCAGCCAGCAGAGGCCAUACAUAACUGGAUCCGUGGGAACGACAAGGUGCCGGGCGCCUGGACGGAGGCCGGUGGGCAGAAGCUGACAUUUUUCAACUCAACGCUGAACACUGCAGGCCUGGUGCCGGAGGGAGAAGAUUUGCCCAUCCCGGGAGCUCGUCGUCCAGGGGUAGUCACCAAAGCGGGACUCAUCCUCUUCGGGAACGAUGACCAAAUGCUGCUGGUGAAGAACGUCCAGCUGGAGGACGGCAGGAUGAUCCCAGCCUCACACUUCUUCAAGGGGGCAGACAGCAGCGCCCUGGAGCUGACGGAGGAGGAGCUGGUCACUGCGGAGGCCGUGCGGGGUGCCUGGAAACGCAUUCUCCCAAGCAUCCUGGAGGUGGAAGAUUCCACUGAUUUCUUCAAGUCGGGGGCCGCGUCGGUGGACGUUGUGAGGCUGGUUGAGGAAGUGAAGGAGCUGUGUGAUGGCCUGGAACUGGAAAACGAAGACGUUUACAUGGCAACCACCUUCGGGGACUUCAUCCAGCUGCUGGUGCGGAAGCUGCGGGGGGACGACAAGGAGGGCGAAUGUGUCAUCGACUACGUGGAAAAGGCAGUGAACAAGCUGACCCUCCGAAUGCCGCACCAGCUCUUCAUUGGGGGCGCAUUUGUGGACGCCGAGGGCGCCAAGACCUAUGAGACCAUCAACCCGACAGAUGGAAGUGUCAUCUGCCAGGUGUCCCUGGCCCAGGUCAGCGACGUGGACAAGGCAGUGGCCGCUGCAAAGGAUGCCUUUGAGAACGGACUGUGGGGGAAGAUCAGCGCGCGGGACCGGGGCCGCCUCCUGUACCGGCUGGCGGAGCUCAUGGAGCAGCACCAGGAGGAGCUGGCCACCAUCGAGGCCCUGGAUGCAGGCGCUGUCUACACGCUGGCCCUGAAGACCCACGUGGGCAUGUCCAUCCAGACCUUCCGCUACUUUGCUGGCUGGUGUGACAAGAUCCAGGGCUCCACCAUCCCCAUCAACCAGGCCAGACCCAACCGGAACCUGACCCUGACCAAGAGGGAGCCCAUCGGGGUCUGUGGCAUCGUCAUCCCUUGGAACUACCCCCUGAUGAUGCUCUCCUGGAAGACCGCCGCCUGCCUGGCCGCUGGGAACACCGUAGUCAUCAAGCCGGCCCAGGUGACCCCACUCACAGCCUUGAAGUUUGCAGAGCUGACCUUGAAGGCUGGCAUCCCCAAGGGCGUAAUCAACAUCCUGCCAGGAUCUGGCUCCCUGGUCGGCCAGCGACUCUCGGACCAUCCCGAUGUGCGGAAAAUCGGGUUCACGGGCUCCACGGAGGUGGGAAAGCACAUCAUGAAAAGCUGUGCCAUGAGCAACGUGAAGAAGGUCUCCCUGGAGCUGGGCGGGAAGUCGCCCCUCAUCAUCUUUGCGGACUGUGACCUCAGCAAGGCCGUGCAGAUGGGAAUGAGCUCUGUCUUCUUCAACAAAGGCGAGAACUGCAUUGCGGCCGGCCGGCUCUUCGUAGAGGACUCGAUUCACGACCAGUUUGUGCAGAAGGUGGUAGAAGAGGUGAGGAAGAUGAAGAUCGGUGACCCCCUGGACCGGGGCACCAACCACGGGCCGCAGAACCACCAGGCCCACCUCCGGAAGCUGCUGGAGUACUGCCAGCGCGGCGUGGAGGAAGGGGCCACGCUGGUCUGUGGAGGGAACCAGGUCCCCCGGCCAGGCUUCUUCUUCGAGCCGACGGUGUUCACGGACGUGCAGGACCACAUGUUCAUUGCCCGCGAGGAGUCCUUCGGGCCCGUCAUGGUCAUCUCCCGCUUCGCCAACGGCGACGUGGACACUGUGCUGACUCGGGCCAAUGCAACGGAAUUUGGCCUGGCCUCUGGCGUCUUCACCAGGGACGUCAGCAAGGCCCUGUAUGUCAGCGACAAGCUGGAGGCAGGCACCGUGUUCAUCAACACGUACAAUAAGACCGACGUGGCCGCUCCCUUUGGGGGUUUCAAGCAGUCCGGAUUCGGCAAAGACCUGGGAGAAGCCGCCCUGUCUGAGUACCUGCGGGUCAAGACGGUCACUCUCGAGUACUGAAGAACGCCUCCCAGGCUGUGGGCCUGCCCCUCCCCAGGGCACAGCCCUUCCCCCUGGACGAGGAGGAAGCCUCUUGCCUGCACCCUGUCCCUGUCCGGGACCCCACCCUGUCUGGUCAGAGCCACCUACCUUCGGCUGGGUCAGAAUAAAGGUUUGAACAAA